AUGAUGAUGACUGUUUUGAUAACUGAGGAUCCUGGGAGGUCAAUCGAUGUUUACUUAAGGCCGCUGGUUGAUGAGCUGAAGGAUUUAUGGACAAACGGUGUUCGCACGUACGAUAAAUCAACUGGGAAGAUGUUCACUUUGCGGGCAGCAGUUAUGUGGACUGUGAAUGAUUUCCCAGCAUAUGCAAUGGUUUCUGGGUGGAGCACAAAAGGUUAUAUGGCAUGUCCUGUAUGCAAGGAAGAUGUAACUUCUGGUUGGCACGCUGGAAAAGUUUGUUACCUUGGUCAUCGGAGAUGGUUGCCAUGGGACCAUGAGUGGAGGGAAAAAGAUAAAGAGUUCGACGGGAACACAGAGCAUCGCCUUAGACCCAGAGAAUGGUCCGGUGAUAAGAUAUUGGACCAGCUUAACCGGUUGGAUUUUGCUCCCUUCGGGAAAACAAUUAGUCAUAUCAGACCUUCUACACAUAUGAACUGGACGCACAAGCCUAUGUUUUUUGAGCUCCCAUAUUGGUCGAAACUAAAAUUGAGGCACAAUCUAGAUGUGAUGCAUGUUGAGAAAAAUGUAUUCGACACAUUGGUGGGCACGAUUCUAGAUAUCGAGGGGAAGACAAAUGACACGAUCAAAGCUCGUCUUGAUUUGGAAAGAAUGGGCAUACGAAGGGAUUUAUGGAUGAAUAGGGACAAUGAUAAAGCUAGAAGGGAUCUUGCAUUCUUUUCUAUGAAACCGAAUGACAAAAAAGAGUUUCUAAAGUUUGUAUCGUCAGUAAAGUUUCCCGAUGGGUAUGCUUCUAAUAUCGCACGUUGUGUGAAUGUUGACGGGGGUAAAUUUACUGGACUUAAGAGCCAUGACUGCCAUGUGUUUAUGCAACGCCUACUUCCUGUUGGUAUUCGACACCUAUUGCCGGAAGAUGUAGUGAAGCCAAUCAUUUUGUUGUCCAGAUUUUUUUCCCAACUGACGGCAAAAACUUUGCGAAAAACGGACAUGUUUCAGUUGCGCCAUGACAUUGUCCAAGUCCUAUGCAAGUUUGAGAUGAUAUUUCCUCCAGCUUUCUUCACAAGUAUGAUGCACGUGAUGGUUCACUUGCCAGAAGAGGCAUUGCUUGCUGGUCCUGUCAACUAUCGCUGGAUGUAUCCAAUAGAAAGGCUUCUCGGAGAGCUGAAAAAAAGUGUACGCAACAGGGCGAAGCCCGAAGGAUCAAUCGUAGAGGCUUGGGUUCAAUAUGAGUCGCUUACUUUCUGCGGAAUGUAUUUAAAAGAUGUGGAGACGGUUUUCAAUCGUCCUCAGCGCAAUCAUGACGGAGGUAUGAGAAAUGAAAAACUUUCUGUUUUUGCCCAAAGCGCACGACCCUUUGGAGAUCCUGGACGCGAAGAGUCGUUUUCUAGAAAUGACAUGGAGGUAGCGCAUUGGUUCGUACUGAACAAUUGUGAUGAGAUCAUGGGAUACUUAUAUGAGCAUGAAGAGAUGAUGAAGCGAGAACAUCCAUCACAUUUGGUUGCCCAGAAACACCGUGAAUUGUUUCCACAAUGGUUUUUGGAUUCUGUGAAUAAGUUGAAAUCAUCGAAUUCCCCAACUUACAGUGAUGAGUUAUAUAACUUGGCGUUCGGCCCGAUUCGCGCUGAAUUGUUCUUGGGUUGUAAUAUCAACGGCGUCAAAUUUUUGGGCGAAGCACGAGAUGACAAGUUGUGUACGCAAAACAGCGGUGUCCAUGUCCCAGGUGGAGGCGAAACUUAA